AUGUUCGACACGGUCUGCACGCUUCCGCUUUCCUCGGACCUGUUCGCUCAGGCUAUCCACCCCGAGGAGCCCGUAGUCUCUGUCGGUCUGGCCUCGGGCCACGUCCAGACCUUCCGACUGCCUUCCUUAGAAACAGAUGAUGACGAAGAUGCCAUAUCGAAUUCGUCUGCCCGGACCGGAAAGGGCCACAUUGACACUAUGUGGAGAACUCGGCGACACAAGGGUAGUUGCCGCACCCUAGGAUUUGGCAUCGAUGGCAAAACGCUUUACUCGGCUGGUACAGACGGUAUCGUGAAGGCUGCAAGCACCGAGACUGGUCAGGUGCAAAACAAGAUUGUGAUUCCUUAUGAGAAGAACGGCUCUGUUGAUGCGCCAACCAUGAUUCACGCCCUCUCUCCUCAAACUCUUCUCCUCGGUACUGACUCAAGCGCUCUGCACAUCUACGAUCUCCGCAUCCCCUACUCCAAGGUGUCUGCGCGGCCUGAGCAGUCGCACCACCCUCACGACGACUACAUCUCCUCUCUCACUCCUCUGCCGGCUUCCGACACUAGCACAUCGGGCUUCAGCAAGCAGUGGGUUACCACUGGUGGAACAACCCUGGCCGUGACAGAUCUCCGGAGGGGCGUUUUGGUGCGCAGCGAGAACCAGGAAGAGGAAUUGGUCAGCUCCGUCUUUAUGCGUGGUUUGCCUUCGAGCGGAACCAGCCGGGGCGAAAAGGUCAUUGUUGGUGGAGCCAGCGGUAUCAUGACUCUCUGGGAGAAGGGCGCAUGGGAUGACCAGGAUGAUCGGAUCUAUGUAGACCGCACCGAUGGCGGAGAUUCCAUUGAGACAAUGACGGUUGCGCCCGACUACUUGGGCAAGGUGGUGGCCGCAGGCCUUUCAAACGGAAAAGUGAAGUUUGUGCGCAUCGGACCCAAUCAAGUAGUUUCUGAGGUUGUGCACGAUGAAAUUGAUGGUGUCGUGGGCUUGGGCUUUGAUGUCGAGGGCCGUAUGGUCUCUGGUGGUGGUCAGACAGUCAAGGUGUGGCACGAGGCUGAGGACAAUGCCGGUGAUGGAUCUGGCGAUGAAGACAUGAUGGAUGAUAGUGAUGACGAGAAAGAUUCGGACGACAGCGAUGCGGAACGUCGCGAGGAACCGAAGGACCGAAAGAAGCGCAAGAAGUCCAAGGGCAAGGACCUCAGUGGUGCACAGCAUGUCAUGGCCUUCCACGACCUGGACUAA